GACGCCAACUUGGCACUAUGGUUGAUUGUUACAGUUGUCCUGUCAAAAAUAUUAGAAUUUUAGCGAAAUUUUGAUAAAAUGAUAAUUGAUUUGCCUUAAUUUCUUGUUCAAUUUCAAUAUUUGUUGUUAUUGUAAUCGUGUUUUACUGAUUUUCCUAAUAUGGAUUCAGACUCCGCUAUUCAUGGUGAUAUGUCGGCUGAUGGCGGGGAAGUUUCCGCAUUAGCCGAAAGCCAUUCAACAGAUGCUAUAGGCGAAAUAGAUGAAAAUAAUAUUACAAGUCAUGAUUCUGAGGCGGUUACUGCCGAAGAUUCAGUGGAAAAUGGGGGAGCUCCCACAAGCAGCAGUGAUGCUUUGGACGUUGAGCCUGGUGUGCUGGGAGAAGUUGAGGACCAACCCUCUGCUGAACAAGCGAAUGCAGAGGAAGAAAUGGACAUAGAUGAAACAACAGCUGGAACAGUAGCCGACGAGUCAGCUUACAUUGGGGACAACUGUUUGUCAACACCAGCCGCCACUGAAGACAAUUCACCGCAGGACACCGAUAAUCCUUUAGACCCCCUCAUAAAAGAGCAGGGUUUGGACGAGACUGAGGGUGUAGAAGGCGCUGCAGAAGAAUCUCCAGACCAAUCUAUAAGUUCUGCAAUGCCCAUAGAUAGUGGUGAGGGUGAUGGUGCACCAAUUGCACAGGAUGAUGAAUCAAGUACUAUGGAUGAAGAUAUGGGUGGUGGUGAAGGCGUCGCCAGCAGCGAUGACGUUAAUGAUAUCAGCAGUGCAGCUCAAGUGCUUAGUACAGGGAUAAGCUCAAGUACUGCGGAAGGUGGUGCUGACAUUACCAGCAGUGGGCAGACCGAAGCCGCCCUUAUAUCCUCUACAGCGAACGGGCCGGCCGUACUGCAUUCUUUCUCCAUGACCCCCCAACAACAGCAUGCCAAUGAGUAUCUGAAUUUCCUGUCCUCCAGGUUUGGAGACGCGGACACGUCAGAAAUGGAGGGCGCCGCCGACACCAUGCCUACAGUCAGCGAGUCCAUGCCGCUGCUCACUAUGACUGCUAACGGUUCGGCGCUCCUGUCACCUACUAUAUUGCAGGGCGAGGAGGGCGGCGCGGGCGGCGUGUCGUCGUCGGUGGCGGCGGAGGAGGCCGCGGCCGACGCGGACGGCGUCAGCAGCUCGGGCGGCAACGGCGCGCCGCCGCUGCCGCCCGCCGACGCAGCACACGCGCUCGCCACCCUCGCCAGCGCUGCGCUGCACCACCACCACGAACAGAAUGAGUCUGAAGAACAAAAACAGCAAAAUGAUGAGGACACUUGGUACACCGUGGGCAUCGUGAAGGGUACAACUUUUACGGUACAAAACUACAUAUCGGAUCCGAACGUGGACCUGUCGACGCUGUCGCUGGACACACUGCCGGAGCUGGCGGGGCUGCCGACCACGCCGCUGGAGCACGGUACAGCGUACAAGUUCCGCAUCGCGGCCAUCAACUCCUGUGGUCGGGGCGAGUUCAGCGAAGAGUCUGCGUUCAAGACGUGCCUGCCGGGGUUCCCGGGCGCGCCGUCGGCGAUCAAGAUCUCCAAGUCAGUGGAGGGCGCGCACCUGUCGUGGGAGCCGCCGCAGGUCGCCGCGGAGGGCAUCUUCGAGUACUCCGUCUACCUCGCCGUGCGCUCCAACACGCAGCCCAAGGAAGUAGCAAAAUCUCAGCUGGCAUUCGUGCGGGUGUACUGCGGGAAAGCGAAUACGUGCGUGGUGCCGCAGUCGUCGCUGAGCGCUGCGCACGUGGACUCGAGCACAAAGCCCGCGAUCAUAUUCCGCAUCGCCGCGCGCAACGAGAAGGGAUACGGGCCCGCCACGCAAGUCAGGUGGUUGCAAGAUAUAAAGACUGGAGGAGUGAAGAGAGCAGGGGACAGUCGGUUACCUGGAGCGUCGCCCUCGAAGCAGCCUAAACAAAUACUGCAUUAAGUGUUAAAAUCCUAUGACAGUUUUACGAUUAUCUAGACUAUACUUUAGUGUACAGACUACAGAUGACUAAGUGAAUGUUCGUCAUUACGGUUAGUACAUUUUUAUUUUUAUUUCUGUCCUUCAUCAAUGAAAUCCACUGUUUUAGUAAUAUUAACUUUGAUUUACCUUCUCUUGUAUAUUAUAUAACAUAUAUUUUGUCAAACAUAUAUAUUUGUAUAUCAUAUUAAUGUUACGAAUGACUGAGGUAACGAAUGUAGACAUUAAUAAGAGUGAUAUGGAUGCAAACUUUGUAGAAAAUCAUAUCUGUCCUGAAUAAAAUGAUGGAAAUAUUCA